AGAUGAAACAGUGAGGGGGAAGUUCAGCCACUUUGAGCAAGUUGUCUCCAGAGUAAAAGAGGAGGAGGAUGUGGAGGAAGAAAAGAGCUUCAUCAGUUGCAUGAAGAGCACAGCAGCAUCGUGUCUCCUCUCUGAGAAUGAAAAGUCUUGUAGAAGAUGAACUUUGCUUUCCUCAUCUCAACUCCUCCUGCAGGAAGGUUGUGCGUCCUCACUUUGUAUCUAUGUUCACUUAUAUUUUAUUAUCCUCCAUCUCUCUGCUCACUGUGACUCUCAACCUGCUGGUCAUCAUCUCCAUCUCCCACUUCAGGCAGCUCCACACCCCCACCAACCUCCUCCUCCUCUCUCUGGCCGUCUCAGACUUGUUUGUUGGCCUCAUCGUGUUCUUUCAAAUUCUCCUUAUAGAUGGCUGCUGGUUUCUAGGUGACCUGGUUUGUAUUCUGUAUCUGUAUGUAGCAUACGUUAUUACUUCUGCCUCAGUAGGAACCAUGAUGCUCAUAUCAGUUGACCGAUAUGUGGCUAUUUGUGAGCCUCUACAUUAUUCCAACAAAGUCACACAAAAAAGAGUUACGAUCUGUGUUUGUCUGUGUUGGACAUGUUCUGCUAUAUAUUCAACUUUGCUGCUGAAAGAUAACCUUGAGGAACCAGGCAGGUAUAAUUCCUGCUUUGGGGAGUGUGUUAUUGUGAUUAACUACAUUGCUGGACUUGCAGAUCUCUUUUUCACCUUCAUUGGUCCCGUCACUGUCAUCAUAGUUCUGUAUAUGAGAGUCUUUGUGGUGGCUGUGACUCAGGCUCGUGUCAUGAGGUCUCAUGUUGCAGUUUUACCUCACAAGUUUUCAGUGAACAAAACUGCUAAAAAAUCUGAACUGAAAGCUGCCAGGACUCUUGGUGUUGUUAUUGUUGUCUUUCUGUUGUGCUUCUGCCCAUAUUAUUGUGUUUCACUCUCAGGCCAGGACACCUAUCUCGAUGCCUCAUCUGCUACGAUCGUAAUAUGUGUGUUUUAUUUCAACUCGUGUCUUAACCCCCUGAUCUAUGCCUUUUUUUACCCCUGGUUUAGAAGGUCUAUGAAGCUCAUUGUUACUCUUGAGAUACUGCAGCCUGGCUCAUGUGAGAGAAACCUGCUGUAGAGACGCUGCAUGCUGAGAGGAAUGAGACAAGAAAAAACUAAUUUUUGUCUUUAAAUUGUGUCCUGCUGCUUAAAUUAAACAGUGAACCAAGUUAGAAAACUAAGACUACUAAGUUACUUUAGGAAAUCUGUAACUUGACA